AUGUCGGUUGCAGUGUCGUUAAGAGCAAGUUUUGAGGAGGAUCAUAUUGGUGAUAAUAUGGAAUAUAAAGUUGGCGUUUCGGCAGUCACACCACCUUUGCAUGAGAGAGAAUGCACUCUAUCGAUAGCCAGUGAGAAUAGUAGUGUUUGUAGAGAUGAGUUCUUCAGCUUGGAAGAUAACUCGGAUUUUAGGACAAGGAGUUCGAUGGACAUUGAUAAGAACAUCUCUUUUGUCAAAGUUGUUGUUAGGGCUGCUGUUUUUGACGAUUCAAAUGUGGAGGCGGAUAUUAUGAGUGAAUCCCUUGCUCUAGGAUCGAGUCUUGGAGAUGAAACGGUAGUUAGAUCCGUCCUAAUUCCUGCUACAACUGUUCUUCAUCAACUACUUCUUGAAAAAUGGGUGAGUGGAACAGUCGGUCGGGGUGUUUUUGAAUUGGAUUAUACCUUUGUUUCUCUGCGAAACAAUCGCUAG